GUUUUAAAUUAUAAAUUAUUUUGUUUUUUUAAGUCAAAGCAACCAAAUUUAUAUAAUAAUUAAUAAAUAUUUGCGAUAUUAAAUAAAUAGUAUUAGUUUUUUGUUAACUAUAAAAAAUAUUUUAUAUUAUAUCUUUUGAUGUCACAAAUUUUUUUAUAUUUUUAUCAAAGUGGAUAUUUAAAACGGAUGGAGUAAAUAUUUAUAUAAUUCCUUGGCGUAAUGGCGUGGCUACCCUACCUCACAAGUCCAAAUCAGUUUGUCUGCUCCGCCCGUUGCCCGUGGCCCGUCGGUCUCUCUUGCAGUCUCGCCGCUCCCCUUCCUCCCCCGCAGGAAUCCGAAUCAUCCGGCGACCUAGGUCUCUCGGCUUGUCCGCAGCCCGCCGGUCAGUAAUGGCGCAGGAUGAUCCGGUUGUUUCUGCUCAGUGGCUGCACGAGCACCUAGGGAUGCCUGAUGUUAAGGUUUUGGAUGCUUCCUGGUACAUGCCGGUAGAGAACAGGGAUCCAUGGAAAGAAUAUCAGGUGGCACACAUCCCCGGUGCGCUAUUCUUCGACUUAGAUGGCAUAGUUGAUCGGACAACUGAUUUACCGCACAUGCUGCCAUCAGAAGAGGCUUUUGCAGCAGCAAUUUCUGAGCUGGAUAUAAAAAACCAGGAUAAAGUUAUUGUCUAUGAUGGAAAGGGAUUCUUCAGUGCACCUCGUGUUUGGUGGAUGUUUAGAGUGUUUGGGCACAAGAAAGUCUGGGUACUAGACGGCGGUUUGCCUCAGUGGCAAGCUUCUGGGUUCAACGUGGAAAAGGCCAGCCCUGACGAUGACGCAGUUCUGAAAUCAAUCGCUGCAAACAGGGCUGUCAAAAGGGUUUAUAAUGGUGAACAGACAAAUACAAUCUCGUUUCAGACUGAAUUUCAGCCUAAUCUAUUCUGGGCACUGGAAAAGGUCGCACAAAACGUCACUGCUAAGACGUACCAACAGAUAGAUGCCAGAGCAAAGGGCAGAUUCGACGGCGUGGCGCCAGAGCCACGGGAAGGGGUAAGGAGUGGGCAUAUACCAGGAAGCGUCUGCGUUCCGUUCCCCGAGAUGUUCGACGGCGCACCACCGAGCCUUCUCCUCCCCGCCGACGAGCUGCGGCGGAAGUUUCAGCACGCAGGAAUCUCCCUGGACCGACCCAUCGUCGUGACCUGCGGAUCCGGCGUGACUGCCUGCAUACUCGCUCUGGGGCUGUACAGGAUCGGAAAGCGUGAUGUGCCAGUCUACGAUGGGUCCUGGACGGAGUGGGAGGGUCAGUCGGACUCCGAUUACCCCAAAGUCACCGCUCCUGGUACAGCUUGAGCGUCUGGGACUGGGAGUUGGCAGUUUUAGACUGCCAGCAUGAUGGCAUUGUGUUUGCGACAGGCUGAACCGAUUUUAUCGAGCACUGGAAGCAUUGUAUUCGCUACUGGUAGGCCUGCUAAUGGCAAAAAUUCCAACCCACGCCCA